UUAGCUGAUUCAAACCAAACAUAUCUAUAAAUACCCACCCCCUCCCUCUUUCUCUAAUCAACACUUCCUCACAUUAUAACAUCUCAGCUUCCAUCUUUUCACUGCAUAUAUAUUCUUCUCUGAUCUGCUAAAAAUGGCUCUAAGGUUACUUAUACUUGCCAUUGCCGUUUUGGCAUUGACAUCUUCAUUUGCACAAGCAUCCGAUCCUAGUCCUUUGCAAGAUUUCUGCGUCGCAGUUAAUGACUCCAAGGCUGCCGUGUUUGUUAAUGGAAAGAUUUGCAAGAACCCAAUGGAAGUCAAUGCUGAUGAUUUCCUCUUCCAAGGCCUUAACAAGCCUGGAAAUGUAUCAAACCCACUCGGAUCAGCUGUCUCACCUGUAAAUGUUAAUAACCUUGCAGGACUAAACACUCUCGGCAUCUCACUGGCUCGUAUUGAUUUUGCACCCUAUGGCCUCAAUCCUCCUCACACUCACCCUCGUGCAACCGAAGUCCUUACAGUCUUGGAAGGCACCCUCUAUGUCGGGUUUGUCCUUUCUAAUCCAGCACCAGGAAUGAAGAACAAGCUCUUUACCAAGACAUUAUAUCCCGGAGAUGUUUUCGUAUUCCCACAAGGUCUCAUUCAUUUCCAAUUUAACAUCGGACAUUCAAAAGCCAUUGCUUUUGCUGGCUUGAGCAGUCAAAACCCGGGAGUCAUUACUAUUGCCAAUGCAGUUUUUGGUUCGGAUCCCCCAAUCAGUCCAAAUGUUUUGACUAAAGCAUUCCAAGUGGACAAGAAUGUGAUUAACUACCUCCAAUCACAAUUCUGGUACAACAACAACUAGUGAACCAAAGCAAUGCAAGAGAUACUUAAGAUCAGAUGGAUUAUUUUCCUUUAAUAUUACAUUGGAUACAAAAUACAUUAUUAGUUUUAAUAUUUUUUAAAAUAUGAAUAAAGAGAGCGCCUAUUUGCGUUCUCAUGUUAGAUUGAUACUUAAACACAUAUGAAUUGUAUCUUGUUAUCUUUUACUUUGAGUAGUGCAUUGUAAUGGAAUAAACUGUUGAUUGAGUUUU